AUGAGCUAUGACCCCUAUGGCUUCCGCAAGCCGUGGCAGGAGUACCGGAGCGUCCGCUCCACCAAGUCCACCGUCUCCUCCUCCCUGUACGCCCUGCACCGGCCGGCGCUGGCCCCUGCCAAGCGCUCGGGGUGCGUCGCCUCCCUGGAGAAGUUGGACCUGUCCCAGGUGAGUAGCCUGAACGCGGAGCUGCUGGGGCUGCGGGCCCAGGAGAAGGAGCAGCUGGUCGACCUCAACGACCGCUUCGCCACCUACCUUGAGAAGGUGCACCGGCUGGAGCAGCAGAACAAGGUGCUGCUGGUGGAGCUGGAGGCGCUGCGGCAGAAGCAGCAGGACCCCUCGCGCCUGCACCUGCUGUACCGGCAGGAGCUGCGCGGCCUGCGCGGCCUGCUGGAGGCGGAGGCGGGCGAGAAGAUGCGCAUGGAGGCCAGCCGGGACCAGCUGCGCGACUCCUGCAGCCAGCUGAAGGAGCACUAUGAGGAGGAGGCGCGGCUGCGGCUGCAGGCCGAGGAGACGCUGCAGAAGGUGCGGGAGGAGGCCGGCCAGGCCGCGCUGGCUAACAGCGACGUGGAGGGCAGCAUCGGCUCCCUGCUGGGGGAGAUCUCCCUCCUCCACAAGGUCUUCGGGCAGGAGAGUGCCGAGCUGUCGGCCCAGGUGGAGGCAGCCAGCCUGCCGGUGGACGUGAGCCUGGCGGGAGCUAAGCCCGAUCUGGCGGCAGCACUGCGGGAGAUCCGGGCGCAGUACGAGACGCUGGCCGGCAGGAACAUGCAGGCGGCCGAAGACUGGUACCGCACCAGGUUCGCCUCGGUGGCCGAGCUAGCCAGCAAGAACAACGAGGCGGUGAGGUCCAUGCGGGAGGAGACGGCCGAGUACCGGCGCCUGCUGCAGUCCCGCUCAGCCGAGGUCGAGGCCCUGCGCAGCGUCGUCGACUCGCUCAACAAGCAGCUGGAGAGCGUGGAGGACAGGCAGAGCAGCGAGGUGGCCACGUACCAGGAGCGCGUGGCCGACCUGGAGCAGGAGAUCAGGGAGGCCAAGCAGGAGAUGGCACGGUACCUGCGUGAGUACCAGGACCUGCUCAAUGUCAAGAUGGCGCUGGACAUCGAGAUCGCCGCCUACAGGAAGCUGCUGGAGGGGGAAGAGAUCCGUCUGAGCUACUCAUCCCCCCUGUGA